CCACCAGCACCAGCACCAGCAGCAGCAGAAGCUUUUAGCAUGACAUGCAAGUGACCGCUAGCCUCAUACCAGCCGCGGCGCGCAGACAUCACUGAAGUAGCAGCAGCGGAAAUCUUCCAGCGGGAAGGAGGGAGGGGAGGCAGAAGGAAGAAGAGCAGAGAGGGGACGGGCAAGAAGAAGAAGAAACAGAAGAAGAAGAAGGGAUACGGGACAUUAUUGGAUCCGACCAGAGUAAAUGUCUCCGUCGAUUCGGUUUCAGCUGUUUUAAAGAUCUGAGAAACAAACAAACAAACAAGCAGCCCACAGCGACAGGAAGGUUAGCAAGCCGCCGCCAUCAUCCCCUCCUCCUCCUCCUCCUCUCCGUCGGAGCGACCGCCGUGUCUUCCACGCCAUGGGGAACGCUGCAACCGCCAAGAAGGGCAACGAGCUGGAGAGCGAGACAUUUGUGAAAGAGUUUCUAGCCAAAGCCAAAGAAGAUUUCUUACGGAAAUGGGAAUGCCCGCCACAGUGCACGACGUGCCUAGAUGACUUUGACAGGAUAAAGACUCUGGGUACGGGCUCCUUUGGGAGAGUCAUGCUGGUCAAACACAAAGGGACAGAGCAGUACUACGCCAUGAAAAUCCUGGACAAGCAGAAGGUGGUGAAACUCAAGCAAAUAGAACACACGCUAAACGAGAAGAGGAUAUUACAAGCAGUGAGCUUUCCUUUCCUCGUCAAACUCGAGUACGCGUUUAAGGACAACUCCAAUUUGUACAUGGUAAUGGAGUACGUUCCCGGAGGAGAGAUGUUCUCUCACUUAAGACGAAUCGGAAGAUUCAGUGAACCACACGCCCGAUUUUACGCUGCCCAGAUAGUGCUGACGUUUGAGUACCUGCAUUCGUUAGACCUCAUUUACAGAGACCUAAAACCCGAGAAUCUCCUCAUCGACCACCACGGCUACAUUCAGGUGACAGACUUCGGAUUUGCCAAGCGAGUAAAAGGCAGAACCUGGACGUUGUGUGGGACGCCGGAGUACCUGGCGCCGGAGAUCAUUCUAAGCAAAGGCUAUAACAAAGCUGUGGACUGGUGGGCCCUCGGAGUUCUCAUCUAUGAAAUGGCAGCUGGUUACCCUCCGUUCUUCGCAGACCAGCCGAUUCAGAUCUAUGAAAAGAUCGUGUCUGGAAAGGUACGAUUCCCGUCGCACUUCAGCUCCGAUUUAAAGGACCUGUUAAGAAACCUGCUACAGGUGGACCUGACCAAACGCUACGGCAACCUGAAAAACGGAGUCAACGACAUCAAAGGCCACAAAUGGUUUGCCACAACAGACUGGAUCGCAAUCUACGAGCGAAAGGUUGAAGCUCCAUUCAUACCAAAGUGCAGAGGCCCCGGCGACACCAGCAACUUCGACGAUUACGAGGAGGAGGAGAUCCGCGUUUCUGUAACGGAAAAAUGCGCAAGAGUUUGCAGAGUUUUAAGACAGAAGAACAUGGCUAUAUCAGGGAAAAAUAAAGGGGACCUUUGCACUCUUCUAACAGACUCUGGAUGGAACGAGGACCAUCUUUAUUUUUCAGAUCUACGUAGUCCCUUCAUUCCACAAGGCUGAAAGAGGUUGCCGUGAUCCUUCAGUGUUGAAAAGCUCUCACCGUCAGAAACACCUGCGUAUUAAAGCAGACACAUCACUUUUUUUUUUGCUUUUUUUUUUUUAUCACUUUGAAGGCAGUUAAUUUUGGAUGUUUUUACUCCCACCUGAAAUGUGAUUGUUUUUCUUUUCUAAGUGUGCGGAGAAGAACGGAGACUGCGGCCAGCAACAGUCCACGCCCCGGCUGACUUCUCCGUGGCCAUUUGACACAAAGUCGAGUGGGUUGUGUUCUCUUUUUGUCAUCAUCGGGGGUGCGACGGAUUAAGUUGAGCCAGCUUACCCUGCAGCAUUUGGUCCUAUGUGCAUAUGUGGGUUUGUACGACAAAGAAACACAGUGGGUGUUUUUUUUUUUUUUUUUUAAAGCAUGACCAAAUAGAAAAUAUCUGGCUGACUCAAGAAGAGAAGUCCUUUCCUUUCUUUGCUUUUUGCCUUAGAAAGCCAAGUCCUCAGAUCGCGUCCUCCGCACCCUCUCAACAGAAUUCACUCUUUUUUUUUAUUUUGGGGGUAUUCUGACCCAGACACAGCAGGCCACAUUGCAGAAAAUGACUAACCUUGCGUUAAAUAAAAUGCAAGUCUACUUAUUUGUUUAAUGUGUUUGGUUCUGAUAGUUACAUUUGAAAGUUAUACUCUGCCAUCUUUCUGUUGGUUGUUUGUUUUUUUGUUUGUUUGUUUGUUUUUUUGUCCUUGUGUUUAAGGUUAGUCAUUGUCCCUCAAUUUUGGGUCUUCUCUGGACCAUCAUCAUGGAAAAAUGCUAAUUCAGUAAAGGGAAGUAAUUGAAUACAAUCCUUUUUAAGGAUUAGGAUUGUUUUUAAGUCAAAAAGGUCAGUGUGAAAAGUGUUGGCGAUUUGCGCCUAAACAUUAUUUUUUGUGUUGAAGUUUUAAAAUUUGAUGAGACAGAAAAGGAAAUAUAUAUAUAUAUAUAAAAAAUCACCCCAACCAUUUUUAUUUUUAUUCUUGAGACCGAAUGUAGGUUUGCAACUUCUAGGUCUGUGUGUUUUGAAAGCUUGAUUUCUACAUUUGUCUCACAGAACACUGGCUACACUGACGACUGCUCCUUUGUAUCACAUGUAACCCUCCUCCUGUUAAGCUCAUAACAUUAUGCGUAUAUGCAUUGUUCCAUAUAUAUGUUUUUAUUUAUACACAUUAGAGAUGCUAAUAAAUUUUAUUUUUAAAAGUG